UUUAUCGGAACAUUGAUGGGACGAUAUAGGGGAUCUAACAUUAGGUACACCUUUUGCGUAUCUAUCAACACUUUAAAGGCAGACAGACGACAAGCCCUCGGUUAGGUAUAUCAGAGACGAUCAACCAACUUGUCCUCACCACAACGCCAUCAAUACAGACUCACGGAAUUACCAAGUUAGAACCUGCUCAUCACCAUGCCCGGGCCAAUAUCAUCCUCCGCCCUAUCACCCGACCAACUCGAUGCUCUCGCAGCGGAGCUCACCCAAGCAGCCACACGCCUCCGCCAAAAGAACAAUAGCAACGGCACAAAGAAGGAGAACCUGGGCACCGCCUCAAUCGUGGCAAACGCAGGUAUCGCGGCACUGCGCAGCCUAAUGACGCCCAAGGACCGCUUCUUGGACCUGAUGCUUAUUCCCGCGGCCAUGGGCGUCCUGCGCGUCUUCCUCCACUGGGGCGCGCUCGAACGCAUCCCGCGCGACUGCGUCACGCCGAUCUCGUACGCCAAGCUCGCCGAGCAGUUGGGGGCUGAGGUCGGGCUUCUUAGACGCCUCGCGUGGACGCUCGUCGCGGCGGGCUUCCUCAAACAGGUUGGGACCGAUCAGGUAGUCAACACGCCCAACUCGGUGGUCCUGAUCGAUAACCCGACGCUGAAGGGGGUUUUGGACGUGGUUUCCCACCAAGUCUCGGCGGCAAUGGUCUUCCCCAAAUACUUCGAGCGCUACGGCCGGAUCGAACCGACCCAGCAGCGCGGCAGCCCGUGGACAUUUUCGCGGGGGCAGCCCGAUAAGACCAUCUGGGAGAUCAUGCAGGAGGAUCCGGACGAGGUGGAAGGGUUCGCAAAGUCCAUGCGCGUCAGUUCAAGAUUCUAUCCAAUGCCGGGACCAUACGAUUUCUCCUGGAUCGUUGACCACCCCAUCGAGGACAAGAGUCGACCACUGCUCGUCGAUGUCGGCGGCAGCGAUGGCGAAGUUUUGCUGUCGAUCUUGCGGAACACGCCCAGUUUACCGCCCGAGCGGUGUGUGCUCCAGGAUUUGCCGCACGUGCUGGCCAUGACGCGGCAGGAGGAGGAGAUCAAGGCGUUGAAGAAGGUGCCGAUCGACUUUUUCAAGGAGGAGCCGGUGAAAGGUGAGUUCUCCGGGAUUUUGACAGACGUGAAACCGAGACUCACACUCUCUCCAGGAGCCCUUGUCUACCAUAUCCGCCGUACCUUGCACGAUUACGCCGACGCCGACGCGCUCAACAUACUGCGGCUGAUCGCCAAGGCCAUGGCGCCUGAUAGCCGACUGUUGAUCGUCGAGUUGAUCAUGACUAACCCGCCGACGCCCUUUGCGGCCGCCGUGGACUUGUUUAUGUGUAUCACUGCGGGAAAGGAGCGCACCAUUGAGAUGUUUGAGCGCUUGACUGCUGAUGCCGGGCUGCGUAUCACGCGCGUUGUUCCUGGGAAGACCAGCGAGAUGGGAGUUCUAGAGUGUAUGAAGGUAUGAGUGAAUAGCA